AUGGGUUCGUACGGUGACCCCGACCUCCAAGAUUGGCUCGAGUCCUGUCGAUAUCACCACACAGACUUUUCUGUGCCUCUUCUCGCAUCUGCUGUCGCGGCCAGUAACCUGAAGAUCGUUGUUGUAAUUCCUGCCCGCGAGGUUGCAGACACCAUCGCGGGCAUUAUCCUAGAGACAAUCAACCCCUUGAAGUUGGCGGGCAUCGUCUCUUCUAUCAUCGCCAUCGACAACAAAUCCGCCGACAAUACAGGUGCUGUGGCAGCCGCUCAUGGCGCCUCUGUCCUCCAGCGAGCGGAAAUCGCCUCAGAGCUAGGUCCUUCACAGGGAAAAGGCGAUGCCAUGUGGCGCGCUUUGCAAGUCACAGAUUGCGAUAUCGUGGCAUUCCUGGAUGGAGACACGGCGGAUCCAAGUCCAGCACACUUGCUAGGUAUCCUAGGACCUUUAAUUAUGGAUGAGACUAUCCAGAUGGUUAGGGGCUGCUUCGACCGGCCUUUCAAACAACCCAAUGGCGAAUACCGCCCACACGAAGGCGGCCGCGUGAAUGAGCUUGUGGCGAGACCGCUGCUGAAUAUCCACUUUCCCCAACUCGCAGGAUUUCGGCAGCCGCUGGCGGGGGAAUUUGCAGCACGCCGAUCGUUGCUGGUGAAGCUGCACUUUCCAGUUGGGUACGGAGUGGAGAUUGGUACGCUGAUUGAUACAUGGCGGAUGGUGGGUCUGGAGGGCUUGGCGGAGGUAGACUUGGGGACGAGACAGAACAACCAUAAGCCACUCAGAGAAUUGGGGAUGUUAGCCUUCGCCGUGACCAGUACGCUUGAGAGGAGAUUAGAACGCGGUAGUGGGUGUGAGGGUAAGAUGUGGUUGCCUUGGUUAAGCGGAUACAAGGAUGUUCCAAGCCUAGAGAGGCUACCGGUGACGGAAUACUUGAGGCAUUCGAACAGGAUGACUCCUUCCCUUGACGCUAUACGCGACUGGCCACACCCGUCUUUCGUCAACGUCGAAGCUGUCAAGAAUUUCCGUGACAUUGGCGGCUAUCCUGUCUCAUGCGGUGUUUCUGUACGCCGCAAGUUGGUGUAUCGGAGUGGAUAUUUAGAUGAUUUGACUGAAGAAGGUCAAUUACAGAUUCAGAAAUUGGGCAUCAAGAAGAUAUUCGAUCUGCGGAGCUUCUUAGAAGUCGGCCGGUCGAAGAGAGAAGACGGUCAGUACGAAUGCUGGUUAAGAUCGUCCGAUGGACCAGAGCGGAUCUUGGUUCCUGUUUUCCGCGACGAGGACUUUGCUCCAGAAGCUCUGGCAGUACGAUUCAAGGACUAUGCCAGCAAAGGCACCGAGGGAUUUGAGAAGGCCUAUCGUUCUACCCUUCUCCACUCUGGACCGGCCAUCAAAGCGAUCCUUCGUCAUCUUAGCAGCGCCUCUCCCACGCCCAUCCUCAUCAAUUGCACGGCGGGCAAAGAUCGCACCGGUGUCCUUAUCAUGAUUAUUCUGUUACUGGCGGGCUGCUCCGCUGAGGUAGUAGCCGAAGAGUACCAUCUGAGCGAGCAAGGAUUGGGGCCAGCUUGGAAGGCCGAAGCUGUCGGUCGGUUGUUGAGACAUCCAGUCUUCAAAGGAUCUGAUAGCAAUGGUAUCAGCAGGAUGGUGGGUGCCAGAGAAGAGGUUAUGAGGGCCGUAGUAAUGAUGGUGGAAAGACAGUGGGGUGGGGUGGAGGGUUUCUUGCGCGGUGUGAUUGGGGUAGACGAGGAUACAAUCGAGCGGGCCAAGGACGUCUUGAGAGACAUGGAAGGGUCAGGAUCAUGGCUGAUGGUUUCAAGGCCUGGGACACCUUAG